GCCAGUUAAGAUAGAGUGUCGUGCUUUUACGUCCUCACUCCACACAAACUCAGCAGGGAAGAGGGACAGAGCAGAUCUGAGGACAGCAGCAUGAACUCAAGCACGGCACAAUCCAGCACAAUCCAGCACAAGUAUUCCAACAUCCAGCACUGUAACAAUGACCUCAGCAUUUGCACUGAUGAUGGCUGCUACUCCAAGAAGAGACGUUAUGUGCGCAAGGACGGCAGCUGCAACAUGGUCUUCCGGCAUGUUCCUGGAGAAUGGCUCCUGUAUGUGACAGACAUUUUCACCACCCUGGUAGAGAUCCGCUGGAGGGUCAUGUUUCUCACGUUUGCCCUUUCCUAUAUCCUGUCCUGGCUGUUUUUUGGGAUCCUCUUCUGGAUCAUCGCACUGGCCAAUGGUGACGUAAAGGAUCCCAUGAACGAGCCGUGCAUCUAUGAGGUGCGAAGCUUCACGGCAGCAUUUCUCUUCUCUCUCGAGACACAGACAACCAUUGGCUAUGGUGCACGAGGCAUGUCUGAGAACUGCAUGCUGGCCAUAAUCAUUGUGACCAUCCAGGACAUCAUAAGCGUCUUCAUCGACACUUUCAUAAUCGGGAUUGUCAUAGCCAAAAUGGCAUCAGCCCGGAAGAGAGCGCAGACGGUGGGAUUCAGCAACACUGCCGUGAUUAACCUGCGCAAUGCACAUCUGUGCCUGUCAUGGCGAGUGGGCGACUUCCGUCGAAACCACAUCGUAGAGGGGACUGCACAUGCCCAGCUGGUUCAACAGACAGCGCACAUGACUGGCAAAGUUGACAUAUCCUACCAUGACCUACAAAUCCAAAAUAGCCACAUCAUUUUGGCCACACCAGCCACCAUUGUCCAUAUAAUUGGUCCCAGCAGCCCUAUGUACAAGAUAGGCUUGCAAGAUCUGCGGAGGGACAGCUUUGAGCUAGUGGUGUCAUUCACCUACACAGAUGACUGCACCGGGAUUCUCCACCAAACACGCACCUCCUACACCCCCAACGAAAUCCUGUGGGGCCAGCAGUUUCAGGAGAUGCUGAGAGUUAACCGAAAACACUACAGAGUGGACUAUGCCCUGUUUCACCAGACCAUUAAAGUCCCACUGCCGGAAAUUAGCGCAGAGGAGUACGAACUAAAGAAGCAUUCAGCUUGUCCUCAACAUGAGCUCCAAAAUGUCAGUCCUUCUGAGGUGUCUCAGGAGUUGUUUUAAAACAUUAUUAAAGCAUUAUUUAAAACACUACAUUAUAGCAGCAUAUUCUGCAACACAUGAGGAUAAAUGGCUUAGAUAAUGUGUGUAUGUGUAUAGCAGUGUAACGUAGGGUAUAUGAAACAAAGAUCAUGUAAGGCACUCUUGUUCAGUAGUAUUCACCCUCAAAAAUCAAACUGAAUCACUUCAAACAGGCCUGUAGCUUUGUGCAUUACAUGUAAAUGUAAGAUAUAUAAAAUAUUUAGAAUAUUAUGCUCCAGCACAAAUAAUGUAAAUGCAUUACAUGGAUGCUAUUAAGCAAAAACAUCUAACUUUAUAUAAGCACAUUCUAAUUAGAAAAGCACAUAUGAAUGUAAGUGGGAGUUUCCCACAUGUAGUGGUAGGCUUCUGAUCCUACAGAUAUUAGAAUUCAUAUUAUAUGGCAUAUAUAAUAUAUAGGACUAUACUGGUAUUUGUGUGUGUGUGUGUGUGUGUGUGUGUGUGCGUGUGGGUGUGUGUGUGUGUGUGUGUGUGUGUGUGUGUGUGUGUGUGUGUGAGUGACUUGUAAAUGUAUGAGAUGUUUCUGACCAGUGCCCACACUGGAGCCUUCUAAACAUGUGAGCUUUGAAAAAUGACCAAGACCAAAAUGUCUAGAAAAUGAAGAUCAACCUUGUGUCUAGGAAAACUGACCCUGAAGAGCUGGACACAACAAUCUAAUAUAAUAAACAUGCAACAAAUGUGCCUGUUUUAUCCACCACAGGGCUAAUUGCAUUUUCUGUACAUUAUUUAUAAUUGAAAUAAAUGUUAACCUCAUGAUUUCAGCCUUAUUUGUACAUUGAAUAUGUAGCCUAAUGCGGCAGGGCAAACUCAGGACAUCCAGUUAAAGUCUCUACAUUGUUUCAGUUGGUGUGCUGUGUUUAUUAUUAUUAUUGUUGUUGUUGUUUUGUUGUUGUUUUGUAAAUAUUCUUAUAAAACGGUAAUGAUAUACUGUUGUAUAUAUCUUAGACUUUGAGACUCCAUGUCUUUUUCUCUAUAUUAUAUUAUAAUAUGGAAUAUAAA